ACAACACAAGUAAAUUUAGGUUUGAACCUACGUCUGAACAGUUUAUUAAAUAUUGCAUCAUAGUGAAUUAAAGUAAGUAAUUUCAAUAAAUGAUAAAUUGAUUUUUAUUCAUUUUGACCAAUUUUUCAUAUAGAGUUGCUAUGGCAAGAUUUAGUGAUUAUUGUGACGUAUUGGAGAAAAGUAAAAACAGCAAUAAACAAGAAUUAUUGCAGUUGGCAAAACAAAUUCAAGAGAAGAUUGCGUUAAUUGAACAACAGAAGAAGAUAGAAUUGGAAAAUUUAAAUAAUACAAUUAUGUCUAUUAUACAAACGAUUCUUUUGCAUACGAAUUUGUUUGACGACGACGAUGACGACGAAGAAGAAGAAGAAGAAGACGAUGAUGAGGAGGAAGGUGAAGACGAUUAUGAAUAUUAUUACAAUGACGAAGAAGGUAAUGAUAAUGAUCAUGAUCAUGAUGACGACGACGACGACGACGAUGAUGAUGAUGAUGAUGGGAACUUUUCUCUAUAAAAAAGAAAAAGAAUAUUAAAAAUUAGUUGUCUUAAAGUUGAUUAAUUCAUUUUGUUUUUUUUCUCGUCUUCAUAAAUAAACAUAUUUCUAUAAAUCAUAUAUAUAUUCGAAUAAUUAUCUUUUCUUUUAGCCUAAUUAGAACUAUAAAAACAACCAGACAGACAGUAUUGUAACUUAUUUAGCGACAUUUGUGAGUUGUUGUAAUUGAGCAGUAAUACCCAUACAUAGUAACAUAAAACGCCAAUCUUUUAAAGAUAUUCGAUAUUUGGAGUAAAAUAAUAAUAAAAAUAAUAAAGAAUUCCAAGAAAACAACUAUAUUAAUAAACUUUUAAAAGUUUAUUAAUUAAAUUGAAAAAUGAAAAUGAUCUUUUAAUAAAAUGGAAAUAAAAGUCUUUUAAAAUUAUUAUAAUACUAUUAAUGAAGAUAAUUAGGCCCUUUAUCUGAUAAAUAGUCAUCUCUUUAAAAUAAAUUAUUAGUAUUCGUUCAAUUUUUAUAUCAAAAGUCGCCAUUUUGAUUAAAUUGUUUUUUUUUUAGUGUUGCGCCUGAUAUGAUCGGGCCUGAACGAGAAUAAUAAUUCGGCGUAACUAAAAAAAUCUACUUCCGCUUCAACUCACACUAAAACUGGUAUGACUAUUUUGCCCCAUACAUAACUUCUUUUUACUAUAUCAAAUCUUAUUGAAAUGGAAAAUAGCGAAAGUAAGAAUAACUCGAACGUUUUGAAAGAGAGAGAGGAGAGAAAGGCUAAGGCUAAGGAAGAGUAUGAUAAUUUAUCCGAAAAAUUAAAUACAUAUAUCAGCCAGUUAGACGAUCAAAAGGACAAAGAAAUAAAUAAACUUAAUCACGAAGUAACUUCGCUGAUAGCGAAAAUUAAGAAGCAAGAAAAUGCCCUUCAAGAUGAAAUUGAAAUAUAUUUCGCUGACAAAAAGUCCACCUUGAACCAAUUGUUGAACGAUGCUAAGAAAUUAUAUGAAAUUCAAGAUCAAAUUUUUACGUUACAACUUCAAAGUGAUUUAACAACGGCAAUGAGCAAUUUAAGGCGAGAAUGUACUGUUCUGAUGGACAAAACCGGUGUAUUUCAAAAGAGCUUGGCUUUUGAACAGUUUGAUAUUGGAAUAUUUACGGGAAACAGGAAGCCACUUUUCGACCUGAAUGAUAUAUUAUCAUCAGACAAAGAUAAUAAAAGCUUAGCGAAUUCAGAGAAUAAGAGUGAGUGUGAACAAGCAAAUAACAUGUUCUCUACAUCCCCGGAUAAACAACCUUUGUCAAAGGAAUUAAUUUCUACUGCACCUAGGAAGAAAAAAAUUGAAAAAGUUGCUAAGAAUUUUGAAGGAGUAAAAUUUGCAGGAUUUGGAUCAGGAUUUACUUUCGGUAACGCAGAGCCGAAAAAUUCGUUUACAUUCAAAUAGGAGCAGUAAGAAAUAAAGAGUUAAUCAAAAUAUGUAAAGUUAUUGAGAGAGUAGGAAACAAGUUUAUAAUUGUUUUUAUUGUAUAUUUCUUCAAUUUUUUAUCGGUUUUUAUAUAUUAAACAAAGUUAUAAUUGAGGUUAAUUGGAAAAUAUUUGAAUAUUAAUCUAGAUUCAUCCUCUAAACAGGAUAGGCAAAAGAUAAUUUGUUCGUUAUCAAUUCUAUAGUUUAAUAAUCUUUCUUGAGGGAAUACUCUCUCCAUUUUGAUUGUCAUUGCCAAUAGACUUUGAGGACAGAUAAGAAUAAUAUUUUCAUUAGCGCAUACAACAAGAAAUCCUUUUGUUGUUAUAUAAUCAAUUAUCUUUCGUAAUACUGAUUUAUUACCUCCUUCGUCUAAUUCUUGAAUGAUAAUAUCUUUCCAUUCGUUCUUCUCUAAAUCAGCAAAUACUAAUAGAUUGUCAGAUAUAUUGUAUAAAACAUUUUCCAUAACAAUAUUAUGUUCAAAUUUCAUUAUUCUACUUGAUAAGGAUACAGUUUCCGUUGUUUUUUUAUGUCUUUUGACAAUUGUUGAAUUUUGAUAGAGAAGGAUAAAAUCUUUUAAAACUGCAAAUUGUUCAGUAAAUCUCUCAUUAGAUUGUUUUUGAAUAGUAUAAUAUUCAGAACUGUAGAAAGGUUUUGUUAUAAUUGAUACAGUUGCUGAAGAUUUCAAUAAUUGAAUAUAAGAUAUUCUAUUAUCGUUUGUCAUUGUUAUACUAUCAAUUUUACCAUCAACACUAUAAAUAACCUGAUUUCUUUGUAAUUCAACAAUUUCGCAUGAAUUUCUAAGAACAUAAAAUCCAUUUUCGUUCGAUAUUACUUUAUCAAUUUUAUCAUGAAAUUCUAUGAAUUCUUCUUUAAUUGGAUUUUCAAAAUUUGGUAUUUUAAGAUUGCCAAUUUCAAGGCCAUUUAAAGAAUCGGAUUUUUGGAAAACGCCCUUCUUUCUCAUUAGGUUAUCGGCGUAGUAUUUAACGUUUUCAAUCAUCUUUGAAAAAUCACUUUUUAAUAUCUUAUCUGGAAUUUUCUUACGAUUUUCGUAUAAUCUUUCAAUAUACGAUACAAUAUUUUUAAGAUUAUCCUUCUUUUCCGAGUAGAAUAAUUCAAUUUCAGUUCGAAUAUCUUCCUGUCUAUCGUGUAUGCUUAUCAUUAAUGACGUAAUCUCCGUAUUAAGUUUAUGUAAGGCUAUCCGCUUUUCUUCGUCGAUUUUCUCAAUUUUACCUUGAAUUUUAUUGAUAAAUAAUGAAAAAUCAUCUUCAGAGAAUUCUAUUUCAUCGUUCAAUCGCUUAUCAGAAGGAUGAACAACUUCCCCCAUUUUUCGUUUGAUAAUGAAACAAAAUAAAAAUGAAACACGUGUUUCCAUAGAUGUUAUUCAGCAAAAAAAUGACAACACAUGUACUCAAUAAUUAUAAUAAAAGUUAAAAUAUAAAAUUCUGUAUUUUUUAAUGGAAGUAUCAGAAAAAAAAAUCAAUUUUGAAUACAAAUUAGGCCUAAACAAAGCAGUUUGCCUUUCCCAUUUAAUAAAUAGUCUAACA